GUCCUGACAAGGGCGCGGAGGGUAUGCGAUACUUGCUCAAGGCGACCGCGCAUGGCGAUACAUGGCGGGACCUUGCAGUGUCUAUCUCCUCGCUGGGUGAUUACACACCCCACAGUGCCAGCUGGAAUGGUUUGCACGGCGACUUCGCUGUCAUCAACCAGGUGCCUGGUCACUCAGUAAGACUCAGGUUCAAUUUCUAUGACAUGGCAGAAAAGCCGCUGCUGCUGGGGGUCUUUCACAUUUUGCUCUGUGGCAUGGACCGCUCGGAGCAAAGCCUGGAAUACAUCCGUGCCUUUGGGCCUCACGCCGCUUACUGGUCGCAGGACACGCAGCUGGACCUGGCCACGUCCGCAAGCUUCGUGGAGUACUUCCCCCGGAAGGGGUCCAGCACCUUGAGAUACGGCAACUGGGGCUCGGAGCUGGACCUGGGCCCGCAGAACCCCACCUACCUCGCGGAGCUCACGGAGUUGCAGCUGGCGAGCUGCGUGAGCCUGGAGUACCGAGAUGUAGAUCAUAUUGACCUGCUCUUGGGCUCCAUGCUUGCGGAUAACGUUGGCGACGUGGGUGACGCGGCGCGGUCCUUCUUCUUUGCCUUCAGCAGCCUGAGGCAUUGUGACAUGCAGAUUGCAAGCUCCAGCACCGUGACUGUGACAUCAACCUCAAGUUCCGCAACGGCCACCACCAGGACAAGCACCACCCAAACCAUGACCAGCUGGACUCGCACGAAGACGGGGACUAGCACGACUUCUGCCGCCACCUUCUCCACGGCAAAGACCUGGACAAGCCACACUGCCACAACUACCACCCUGACCACAGCCACAGUCACCACCACCACUGAGCUCAUCGGGCUUCCCAUCUUCGCGAGCCCAGGUGACCAGCCCUGGCAAAAGCUGCUGGGCCGUCCUCUCCGCUUUGCAGCGAUGUGGCUCUAUGUGGGGGUGCUACUGGCCAUUGCCUUGGUAUUGGUCAUCUACUGGCUUUGCACUCCAGGGCCAUGCAGAUGCAGAGGACGCCGAUCGGCACCGCGCACGCUGGUGCGGCUGUAG